CAUUAAAGAUCAGGACUUGCUUCUUCCACACCAGAGGUUCAACCACGAUGACAUAACUCCAUUCAUAGGACAGCCUGCCUGGGCUGGUGUUCCCCACCACACACACACACACAGACACAGACACAGACACAGACACAUACAGACACACACACACACACACACACACACACACACACAGAGUUCUUGUAUCACCAAGAAUCUGGCAGUCAGUUCCCUACUGACAGAGUUCACGGCGUGUAUUGGGCGAUCCUGAUUCUUAUUGUGUCUGGUGUGGGAAUUAAAGACAGCAGCUUCAAAGCAGUAAGGAUCUAGAAUACCUCCGAAAGAUGUAUCUAAAGGCAUUCCUUCUCAUCUUGGCAUGGAUUAGUGGCAUCAGAUGCCACAAUUACUAUGAUUUUGAUUAUCCUUUUGCCAUGCUUCAACUGUCUUCCCCAAACUGUGCCCCGGAGUGUGACUGUCCACUAAAUUACCCAUCGGCUAUGUACUGUGAUGAGCUGAAACUGAAAACCAUGCCCAUAAUACCUGCUGGGAUUAAGUAUCUUUACAUCCGAAACAACUUGAUUGAAUCCAUCGAUGAGAAGGCAUUUGAAAAUGUCACUGAUCUCCAGUGGCUCAUCCUUGAUAACAAUCGCUUGGAAAACUCUAAGAUCAAGGGGAGAAUCUUCACGAGGUUGAAACAGCUCAAGAAGUUACACAUCAACCAUAACAACUUGACCGAAGUGGUGGGCCCCCUUCCCAAAUCUCUGGAAGACCUGCAGCUGUCGUACAACAAAAUCACCAAGAUCUCUCCAGGCUUCUUUGAUGGUCUCAUCAACCUGACCUUUGUCAACCUUCAGCACAACCAACUGAAAGAGGAUGCGGUCUCAGCAGCUUUUAAGGGCCUGAAGAAACUGGAGUAUCUUGACCUGAGCUUCAAUCAGUUGUCCAAGCUGCCUGAUGGCCUUCCCAUUUCUCUGCUGACACUCUACCUGGACAACAAUAAGAUCACUGAUAUACCCGAUGAGUAUUUCAAACGCCUUGGUGCCCUGCAGUACCUACGGUUGUCUCACAACCAGCUGGCUGAUAAGGGAAUCCCGGGAAAUUCUUUCAACGUCUCUACUCUCAUUGAAUUGGAUCUCUCCUAUAAUAAGCUGAAGAAAAUCCCAACUGUUAAUGAAAACCUUGAAAACUAUUAUCUUGAGGUCAAUGAGAUUGAUAAGUUUGAAGUGAAAAGUUUCUGCCGGGUCCUGGGUCCUUUAUCCUAUUCUAAGGUCAAACACCUACGUCUGGAUGGGAACCUCCUCAGUCAAUCCAAGUUGCCAUCGGAAAUGUAUGAUUGUCUUCGGGUAGCCAAUGACAUCACGCUGGAAUGAGAUACUGACCACUCCCAGAAUUCUUUAUAGUGUUCAUACUGGAGAUUUGUCUAGAAGUAACACUUUACAGUUAGAAUUUCCAAACAGUCUCCAUUUCCUUACUCUUAAAUUCAUUGAUUUUUACUACUAGGAACUUUAUGAUCUGUGGGAAAAUAUUUUGUAAACAUUGUAACUGAAUUUUUUUUAAAGAAAUAAGAUGAAAGGCAGGCCUGCUUCAUCAUAAAUACACACACACACACACACAUAUAUAUAUACAGCACUGAGUGCUUUUUUGUGAAUUUUGUUAACUUGGCAAGUUAAUCUCCCAGAUGUCAUGUAAUGUCAUCUUUUUCAAAUGAAAGGGAAACCAGGUGCAUUUUUGGAUACCCAAAUAUUAACUUAAAAGGCCCAAAGUUUAAACUGUUGAGUCAAAGUAAAUCCCUCUCAUUAACCUUAAUUCAUUUUAUUCUGUAUGUUAAAAUACCAAAAUGAGAUUUGUUAAGCUGAAUUAAUGUUUCCAUUAGCAAAUACUCAUUUUGAAACCUAUUUAACUAAAAUGAUGAGAACACAUGAAUGGGAAGUAUUUUCAUUUAAAAAAAAUUACAUGUGCACUUACGUAGUGAGAUUUUUCUCAUUUAGAAUGAUUAUUUCACUGUAAGUCAUGUAUACAUGUUUCUGUUCAAUUAUUUGCAUGCUAUGCUUAACCCACGAAUUGAAAAAUAAAACAUAGCAAAAAACAUUGUGUUGUCAAUAGCCUUUUGAAAUAUAUUUCGCUUUUAAAAAAUUAAAUGAUGGGUUAUGAUUUUAAAAUAGUUGAAGGCUUUCACAGUUUAAUAA